CACGGAGCCAAUCGCCGGGCGGGGGCGGAGGGAGAGGCUGGGGAAGCCUCCGGCGGGCAAUGCGCAGGCGCACUGGCUCGCACCUGGCUCCAGGCAGCCGCAGGAUUAGGCUUCGCCUGCCACGAUUGCGGGACAAGAAUGGCCAGACUGCCCUUGGCUGUGAGCGCUCCUCAGUGCUCCUGGGGCUGAGGCUGAGCUGGCAGCCAUGGGGCUGGGCAGGCUCCAGGCUUGGAUGCUGGGCCUGCCUACGGCUGUGGUCUAUGGCUCCCUGGCCCUCUUCAUCUCCGUCCUGCACAACGUGUUCCUGCUUUACUAUGUGGACACCUUUGUCUCGGUGUACAAGAUCAACAAAACUGCCUUCUGGGUUGGAGAGACGGUGUUUCUCCUCUGGAACAGCCUCAACGACCCCCUCUUCGGUUGGCUGAGUGACCGUCAGUUCCUCAGCUCCCAGCCCCGGUCGGGUGCCGGGCUCUCCUCCAGGGCCGUGGUGCUGGCACGGGUGCGGGCCCUGGGCUGGCACGGGCCGCUGCUGGCAUUGUCGUUUCUGGCAUUCUGGGUGCCCUGGGCCCCAGCUGGCCUGCAGUUCUUGCUGUGCCUGUGCCUCUAUGAUGGUUUCCUGACUCUUGUGGACCUGCACCAUCAUGCCUUGCUGGCUGACCUGGCCCUCUCUGCCCAUGACCGUACCGACCUCAACUUCUACUGCUCCCUCUUCAGUGCAGCUGGCUCCCUCUCCGUCUUUGCCUCCUAUGCCUUCUGGAACAAGGAAGACUUCUCUUCCUUCCGCACCUUCUGUGUGGCACUGGCCACUGGCUCUGGGCUGGGCUUUGUGGGGGCCACACGGCUGCUUAGGAGGCAGGUUGAGGCAGCCGGUAGGGAGCCGGAGUGCCCAGCCCUGGCUAUAGAUGGCGGCCUGUGUGGAGAGGAGCUGCUUGUGGGCUGCAAGGAAGCAGGCAGCAUCACUUUGGGCCAGUACCUCCAGCAGCUGGCACGCCACCGGAACUUCCUGUGGUUCGUGGGCAUGGACCUGGUGCAGGUGUUUCACUGCCACUUCAACAGCAACUUCUUCCCCCUCUUCCUGGAGCAUCUGUUGUCGGACCACAUCUCCCUGUCCACGGGCUCCUUCCUGUUGGGCAUCUCCUAUGUCGCUCCCCACCUCAACAACCUCUACUUCCUGCCCUUGUGCCGGCGUUGGGGCGUCUACGCCGUGGUGCGGGGGCUCUUCCUGCUCAAGCUGGGCCUGAGCCUGCUCAUGCUGUUGGCUGGCCCCGACCGCCCUGGCCUGCUCUGCCUCUUCAUUGCCAGUAACCGUGUUUUCACUGAGGGCACCUGUAAGCUGUUGACUCUGGUGGUCACUGACCUGGUGGACGAGGACCUGGUGUUGAACCACCGUAAGCAGGCGGCCUCAGCUCUUCUCUUUGGCAUGGUGGCCCUGGUGACCAAGCCAGGCCAGACCUUCGCCCCGCUGCUGGGCACCUGGCUGCUCUGCUUCUACACAGGUCACGAUCUCUUCCAGCAGCCCCCGCUGGCCCCUGUGGGGAGUGCUCAGCCAUGGCCAGAGCCCCCAGCCCCGCCCCCGGCGCAGGCCCCGACGCUCCGCCAGGGCUGCUUCUACCUGUUGGUGCUGGUGCCCAUCACCUGUGCUGUGCUGCAGCUGUUUACUUGGUCCCAGUUCACGCUGCACGGGAGACGCCUGCACAUGGUCAAAGCCCAGCGCCAGAACCUAUCACGGGCCCAAACCCUGGAGGUUAAGAUGGUGUGACAGGCAGGCACAGCAAGGCCAUCCUGCUGAUGACACUGUCUGCCACCCUGGUCAGGAGCCACUUUUGCCAGCCCCCAUCCUGCCGCUGUGCCUUUACUGGGGCACAGCCUGGAGGACAGAUGGCAGAGUGGGAGUUUCUGAGGCUGAGCCGGGAGCGUAACUGGGGUCUAAGUUCCUGCUUGGCUGUCUGACCCAGCUUGGGCACAGGCUGGGCUGUAUGUGCUCAGGGACCUCUUCCCCCUUUGGGGCUGGAGGAAGAAGAGAACCAAGAAGGGAUGGGGCUGCCCUGUGGUCACAUGGGGUUGCUGCAUGGGCAGCAUGGGGGCCUAUCCCACUACCUGGCUGGGGCCGGUGCUUUGUGCGGUCUCAGAAGCCACUUUCACCCACUCAGGGGAAGCUGUGAGUCCCACUUCCCCCUCCCUCCACCUUUCCAGUGGUUUCUCUGAGCUGUCUGCUUCAGCUGUGCCUGAAGGAGUGUGCCCUAGCUGCCGCAGGGCUUCCCCACCCCCACCUGGCCUCUAAAAGAGGCUCAUUUCAUCGCAGACUGAUUAAAGUCAGUCAUUUCUAUUCCCA